UCAAAGUAGUCAUAGAAUAAAUUAUAUCAGUCAAAUUUUGGAAUAACUUCUAAAGUUGAAGUGAUAGCAGAAAAAUUUUGAAACCCAAAUUCCCUCAAAGGACGAUUAAAUUCAAGUUAAAUAAAAAUGUCUUCUUCUGGUAUACCUCAUUUAAAUGAUGAUAGCGAGCCAUUGGCCGGAAUCAUCAACACACUUGACACUCUGGAAAAUACCCUCAGUAAUUUGGAACUGGAUGUUCGCAAUGAACUUAAUACUCAGCGCCUGCUCUACCGUUGCCAGCUAAAUCUUGCCGGACGCUGCCCUUCGAGCGAUCAAGUCAGAGAUACGGACAGUCAAAGCUCACAAGGAGCUGCAUCGAUAGUUAGCAAAUUUGGGACAUGUAAUUGCCGCUGUAAUCAAGCUCUGGAAAUAUAUUUAGCACAACUCCGAAAUUCACAACUCGAACAGGAACAACUACUUCGAACUUUGAAAAUGAAAGAUGAACAAUCCAAUCUUUAUCGCGGCAAACUAAUGGAAUCUAAUGCCAUCAUCGAACGCCAGAAGCAGGAGAUCAAAGCCCUUAAGGACAAGGAGGAGCUCAUAACGCAAGAAAUCAAUACGGCACUGGAGCAGGAAAACCAAAUACUCAUGACGGAAAUCCAGCGGCUAAAGGGCUUGCCGGACGAGCUGCGAGCGCGGGAACAUGCUCUUAAGUUGGCCAACAAAGAGCUACAGGAAACGAAGCUCACACUUAAGUCCCUUCUGCUUGACAUUGAAUCCGGUCUGGAGACGUGCGAGGAUAUAUCAGGGGAACUGCAGCAGGAACGCAAACGUGCUUUCAACACGAUGAACGAAAUCGAUGAGGAAAAACGAAAAGUUAUGAGUUGGGUCGUUAAAUACAGUGAACUGAAGCAGCAAUAUGAGUCGGCCGCACAACAGAAGAAUUCCUUUGACCAAUUGAAUGCAGCUUUAGGAGAAAAGACUGCAAAACUGGAGGCUCUGACCAAGGAUUACGAUGCUUUGAAGAAAGAAAGUGUUGAUUAUAUUACCAAUGUUGAAACCGUGAAUGAGAAACAACGGACAGCGCUUCAAGAAAAAGUAGUUGAAUUGGAAUGCGAGAACCUGAAGUUGAAAAUUACUUUGGAGAAACAAUGCAAACAGACAUCAGAAGUUUCCCAUGAUAUGCAACGAGAAUUAUUGAAUUUGGAGAGGAAAUUCAUAGACGCUCAGGGCGAAGUGAACACUUUAAAAAGAUACAAUGAGCAAGCAGCUGCCAGUGCUGAGUAUACUGCAAGACGCAAGAGCCUAACCGGAGAUGACACAUCUGUGGAGUCACAAUCUCUGAAUCCUCCAUUCUGUAAAACUUGCGGUAUUAAGCUAUCAUCGGAGAAGAUUGGUUCAGAACAUAGCUGUUCGCAAGAGUGUUGUUCUUUGGAGAGUGAAAACAAUGAUAGCGUAAAGAAUGAUAGCGUAAACGUUUCUAAGGUUUCCGAUUGUUCCGAUAAAGCUUCAACGAGUCAUGGAUCCAAUUCUAAAUGACUUUAAUGUGCGUACCCGAUCGAUGAAAUUGAAACUCUAAAUGUUCAUUCAUAAUCUUUAUAAAUAAAUCAAAUGGAAAUUUUCCCUUUUUCG